AACACAUUCAACCGUUUAUUAACUAACGUACCAGAAAGUGCUUUUGUACCACGAUGAACUGGUCACAGCUUGUUGGUUUUGAAUGAUGGUUCAUUAUGUUGCGUAGGCCUCGACUGUACCAUUCGCUCCCGUAAACACGGCCAUUACAUCAGAACAGAUCCAGGAGCCGAUGAACGGAAACCGGACAUCAUUGUAGCGGGCGAGAGAUGCUCUGAAGCGCUGCCAUCACAAGCGCUUUAACCCCGACGCGUCUCUCGCCAUGGAGGACUGGAGCGAGUGUUUGGAUGUGGCCGUGCAGAUCGCCCAGAGAGCGGGACAGGUGGUCCAUGCGGCGGUGAAGCAGGAGAAGCGUGUAAGUAGCAAGAGCACACCUACAGAUCUGGUGACAGAGGCUGACCAACAGGUAGAAGAGCUCAUCAUCUCCACGCUCAGACAGAAAUACCCCUCACACAGGUUUAUCGGUGAGGAGUCCUCUGCUGCGGGGGUGAAGUGUGAACUCACAGACAGCCCCACUUGGAUAAUAGAUCCCAUAGAUGGCACGUGUAAUUUUGUGCACAGUUUUCCCAUGGUGGCAGUAAGUAUCGGAUUUGCAGUAAGGAAAGAGCUUGAGUUUGGUGUCAUAUUCCACUGCUUUGAUGGGACACUGUACACGGCACGCAAAGGACAUGGAGCGUUUUGCAAUGGUGUGCGACUACAUGUUUCAAAAGAAAAAGAUGUGUCCAAGGCUCUGAUUUUGACAGAAAUCGGGGCAAAGAGAGAUCCCACAACACUGGAUAUCUUUUUAGGAAAUAUGAAGAAAUUGUUGAGCGCACCGACUCACGGUGUGAGGAUCAUUGGGAGCUCAACACUGGCACUGUGUCAUAUAGCCAGUGGGGCGGCAGAGGGCUAUUACCAGUAUGGCCUGCACUGUUGGGACAUCGCAGCGGCUGCAGUCAUUAUCAGGGAGGCAGGAGGCUGUGUUAUUGACACCACAGGUGGUCCGCUAGACCUCAUGUCCAGACGUGUGGUGGCUGCUGGCACCCGUGAGAUAGCAGACUAUGUGGUAAAACAGCUGCAGCCUAUAAACUAUGCCCGUGAUGAUGUCGACCCAAGCACCCAGGCCUGAGUGACAGCGUGACCUCCGACCCCAUCCUAAGUCUUUUACCUCAGAAUGCACAGUCCUGCCACAUCUGCAUUUGUGUCCAUUCAUUGCAAUGUUUCAUACGUUUUUAUGAUUUAAUAUUUAGAUUGUUUGUAUGCAUUCAUACUGGUCACAUCACGCUUCAGUUUUCACUUUUUUAUUAGCUUUUCAUUAAACACUUUAUGUACAGUUCAUGAUCUGAGUUAGCCUAGACAUCUAGACGCACCCUAGCGGCCGCAAAAUAUAUUUGCUGCCAGGGUUUAGUCUAGGCACUCACAAUACACUUAACCGGUCCAAAAACCAAAAUUUGGUCAGGCCAAUCACAUCGUGUGUAGCGUCUGUGGGGCGGGCUUAACAUGAUGACGACAGAGCUGCAACGGUUCCUACUUGAAAACAAAGAAUGGCUGCUGCUGCUGGCGAACAGCUAUCUUUUGAAGCGGCUUUGGCCGCGACUCUGGAGGACUUAGACUUAUGUUUUUCUUUGAGAGAAGAGCAAAUAAACCCUACUAAAGUCCUUUUUAAGCAAGAAAGAUAUGUUUGGAGUUUUGCCGACUGGUUACGGUAACUACGUCACCUUCUUCGUGCUCUGAUCCGUCAUAGCGCUAUCCUAUUGCGUGCAGAGGCAUUUUGAGGGACAACCUUAUAUCCCGCCCCUUGCAUUGAGCCGUUUGUGUGAAGAGUUGCCAGACCUUACAUCUUGAUGUAGGUCUGGCUAACCAGACUAGAUCUGAGUUUCAGAUGCCUUUAAAUUGCAGAUGAUGCCAAAUUCAACCAUUAUUCACAUACAUUAUCCAUCAUAUCAGAAACUAUUAUAAUUUCUCAAUACAUCCAAUAAUUUUUUUUUUCUUAUAAUGAAUGAUCUAACAGACAACAGUUGACCAAAACAUAGAAAUCUGUAUUUUAGUUUCCACAGUUUUUUAUAUUUUAUUCUGCCUGUGUUAAUCUCAGUGAAAACCACUUUUUACUCACUGUGUGUACAGUAUCAGGGUAACAAUCCUACUGUAUAACAAUUUUAAAGCAUAUACAAUGAAUGCUUAUUCUUCACCAUAUUCAGUUAUGAUUGCCUUUGAAACAGAAACAUUUUUGCUUUUGGAAGUACAAUGCAAGAAGUAAAUGCCUCCUUAUUCAAUAACAGAGAUUGAGAAACACCUCAGUUUUGUAAUCUAAUUUUAAUGGAUCAAACUGAUAUUACACAUUCUCUGCUUUUCAUGUUUGAAAAUUUAAUGCAUCAGGACACAGUUCAUCACCAACACUUGUAAGACGUUGUCUCAAUAUGCUCACAUUAGAUAGAAGAAUUAAAAUACAAACGUCUUGAUUUAUUGAGUAAAUUGUGUUUGUUAAAUCAGGUGAAAAUUAAAUGUGACAUUCUG